AUGGAGAAGAGGAAACCUGGAAGGAAGAAGGAACUGGUAAGAAGAGGAACUGGAGAAGAGGAACCGGAAGAAGAGGGACCUGGAAGAGGGCCUGGUGCGAAGAGGAACCUGGAAGAAGAAGGACCUGGGAGAAGAGGAACCUGGAAGAAGAAGGACCUGGAAGAAGAGGGACCUGGGAGAAGAGGAACCUGGAAGAAGAAGGACCUGGAAGAAGAGGGACCUGGGAGAAGAGGAACCUGGAAGAAGAGGACCUGGAAGAAGAGGGACCUGGAAGAAGAGGGACCUGGAAGAAGAGGGACCUGGGAGAAGAGGGAAACCUGGAAGAAGAAGGACCUGGAAGAAGAGGAACCUGGAAGAAGAAGGACCUGGGAGAAGAGGAACCUGGAAGAAGAAGGACCUGGAAGAAGAGGAACCUGGAAGAAGAGGGACCUGGAAGAAGAGGAACCUGGAAGAAGAGGGACCUGGGAGAAGAGGAACCUGGAAGAAGAAGGACCUGGGAGAAGAGGAACCUGGAAGAAGAAGGACCUGGGAGAAGAAGGACCUGGAAGAAGAAGGACCUGGAAGAAGAAGGACCUGGAAGAAGAAGAACCUGGAAGAAGAGGGACCUGGAAGAAGAGGGACCUGGAAGGAAGAGGGACUGGAAGAAGAAGACUGGAAGAGAGGGGAACCUGGGAGAAGAGGGACAUGGGAGGAAGAGGAACCUUGGAAGAAGAGGGACCUGGGAAGAAGAGGGACCUGGAAGAAGAGGGACCUGGGAGAAGAGGAACCUGGAAGAAGAAGGACCUGGAAGAAGAGGAACCUGGAAGAAGAGGGACCUGGAAGAAGAGGAACCUGGAAGAAGAGGAACCUGGAAGAAGAAGGACCUGGAAGAAGAGCGGACCCUGCGGAGAAGAGGAAACGGGAAGAAGAGAGACUGGGAGAAGAGGGACCUGA